GCUGACUGACAGUGAAAGGAACUUCUGCAAGACUAGUUUUCAGUAAACGAUAUACAGAAGCACAAGGGAUAAUCCAUUCAGCAACAUGUGGAUAACAAUGGCAUUUUAGGAUCAAGGACUUAAUCCAUCUGCAACAGAAUCACGAGAGCAGGGAUCCAUCAGGCAAUGGGUAGCAAAGAACGGUAUCACUGGCAGAGCCAAAAUGUCAAGCAAAGUGGAGUUGAUGACAUGGUCUUGCUUUCAAAGAUCACAGAGGAUGCUAUUGUGGAUAACCUUAAGAAAAGAUAUAUGGAUGACUAUAUUUUUACAUAUAUAGGCUCUGUCCUCAUCUCUGUUAACCCCUUUAAGCAGAUGCCUUAUUUCACAGAUCGAGAAAUUGAAUUAUACCAAGGGGCUGCACAGUAUGAGAAUCCUCCCCAUGUCUAUGCAUUAACAGACAACAUGUAUCGUAACAUGCUGAUUGAUAGCGAGAACCAAUGUGUCAUCAUCAGUGGCGAGAGUGGAGCAGGAAAAACUGUGGCUGCAAAGUACAUUAUGGGCUACAUAUCCAAAGUGUCUGGAGGAGGAAGCAAAGUGCAGCAUGUAAAAGAUAUCAUUCUCCAGUCUAACCCUCUUCUUGAAGCCUUUGGCAAUGCCAAGACGGUCAGAAACAACAAUUCAAGUCGAUUUGGUAAAUACUUUGAAAUACAGUUCAGCCGUGGAGGGGAGCCAGAUGGAGGCAAAAUAUCAAACUUUCUGCUGGAAAAAUCCCGUGUUGUUAGCCAGAAUGAAAGUGAGCGCAAUUUUCAUGUCUUUUACCAGCUGAUAGAGGGAUCUUCUCCAGACAUGAAACAAAAUUUGGGCAUUAUGAAUCCAGAUUACUAUUUCUACUUAAACCAGUCAGAUACAUAUAAAGUGGAUGGGACAGAUGAUAAAAAUGACUUCUGUGAAAUGAUGAAUGCCAUGCAGGUCAUUGGUAUUUCUGGAGAACACCAGCAGAUGGUCCUACAGAUAACAGCGGGCAUCUUACAUCUGGGAAACAUCAGCUUCCAAGAACAAGGAAACUAUGCCAUGGUGGAAUGUACUGAUUUGCUGGCCUUCCCUGCCUACCUGGUUGGUAUAGACAAAGACCGCCUAAAUGAUAAACUCACCAGCCGUAAGAUGGAUAGUAAGUGGGGGGGACGUUCUGAGUCCAUCACAGUUACUUUAAAUGUGGAACAAGCGACUUAUACAAGAGAUGCUCUGUCCAAAGCUUUGUAUUCCCGAAUGUUUGAUUUCCUGGUGGAAUCAAUUAAUAGGGCAAUUCGAAAACCCCAUGAAGAAUUCAGCAUUGGAGUAUUAGAUAUCUAUGGGUUUGAAAUUUUUCAGAAAAAUGGCUUUGAACAAUUUUGCAUCAAUUUUGUAAAUGAAAAACUGCAACAGAUCUUCAUUGAAUUGACGUUAAAAGCGGAGCAGGAUGAAUACGUUGCAGAAGGCAUUAAAUGGUCUCCAAUUGAAUACUUCAAUAAUAAGGUGGUGUGUGACCUCAUUGAGAACAAAUUGAAUCCUCCAGGAAUCAUGAGCGUGCUAGAUGAUGUUUGUGCCACUAUGCACGCUACAAGUGGGGGUGCAGACCAGACCCUGUUACAAAAACUCCAAGCUGCUGUGGGGACGCAUGAACACUUUAAUAACUGGAAUUCUGGCUUUGUUAUUCACCAUUAUGCUGGAAAGGUAUCAUAUGAUAUUGAGGGUUUCUGUGAGCGAAAUCGAGAUGUUUUAUUCAUAGACCUCAUUGAAUUAAUGCAGAGCAGUGAGUUCAAUUUUAUACAGAUUCUUUUCCCGGAAAAACUGGAUACAGACAAGAAAAGUAGACCAACAACAGCCAGCUCGAAAAUAAAGAAACAAGCCAAUGAUCUUGUAAAUACCCUGAUGAAGUGCACACCUCAUUAUAUUCGCUGUAUCAAGCCAAAUGAGACAAAGAAGUCUAAAGACUGGGAAGAGAGCAGAGUCAAACAUCAGGUUGAAUAUCUAGGCCUAAAGGAGAACAUUCGUGUACGUCGUGCUGGCUUUGCUUAUAGAAGGGUUUUCAAUAAAUUUCUUCAGAGAUACGCUAUCCUGACACAGGAAACAUGGCCCAAAUGGCGAGGGGAUGAACGGCAAGGAGUGCAGCAUCUCUUGAGGUCUGUAAAUAUGGAUGCUGAUCAGUACCAAAUGGGAAGAACCAAGGUGUUUGUAAAGAAUCCAGAAUCGCUCUUCUUACUAGAGGAAAUGAGAGAGAGAAAAUUUGAUACCUUUGCCAGAACCAUCCAAAAAGCUUGGAGACGAUACAUUGCUAAGAGAAAGUAUGAGCAAAUGAGAGAAGAAGCCUCCAACAUUUUGUAUGGCUCCAAAGAGCGCCGCAGAAAUAGCAUCAAUCGCAAUUUUGUGGGAGACUACUUGGGCAUGGAGGAUAAGCCAGAGCUUCGCCAGUUUAUGGGCAAGCGAGAAAGGAUAGAUUUUGCUGACUCCGUCAACAAAUAUGACCGACGGUUUAAGUCUAUAAAGAGAGAUGUUAUUCUCACUCCAAAAUACCUUUACUUGAUUGGACGUGAAAAGGUCAAAAAGGGACCAGAGAAGGGACAGAUCAAAGAAGUUUUGAAGAAAAAAAUUGAAAUACAAUCUAUUAAAUGCAUUUCUCUAAGCACCCACCAAGAUGAUUUCUUUAUCUUGAAUGAAGUGGAAUCUGACACCCUCUUGGAGUCUAUGUUCAAAACUGAAUUAAUUAGUCUGAUGUGCAAGCGAUAUGAGGAGCUAACCAGGAGUAAACUAAACCUGAAUUUUGCUGACACACUACAGCUUAGAGUGAAAAAAGAAGGCUGGGGAGGAGGUGGCACACGAAGCAUUUCAUUCCUUAGGGGACAAGGAGACAUUUCUCAGCUGAAACCAGGAGGGAAGUACCUAACAAUAAGUAUCGGAGAUGGACUCCCCAAGAACUCCAAGCCUACAAGAAAAGAAAUAAAACAAAUUCGCUCACAGAGACCACCGCCUAAUCGUCCAGCUCCUGCUCCCCCUGGUUCUGUUAGAAAUGGGGCUCCUCAGUUCAAUUCUGGGCAUUCCAGAAAUCCUACUUACUCUCAGGCCAAGCGACAGGGCAGAGCUCCACCGUCUACUGCCCUCCCUCGACAAUCAGCACCUAGGAAAAGCCGUACACCAUCUGAACACAACAUGGAGUUCCUUAAUGUACCAGACCAGGGUGUUGCUGGGGCACAAAGGAGAAGGAGUGUCGGUCGUCGACCUCCACCUGGAGUAGGCCAUCCAAAACCUCAGGCCAGGCCUGUUCAUCCUCGCUGCAGAGCUGUUUACCAGUACAUUGGACAAGAUGUUGAUGAGCUAAGCUUCAAUGUUAAUGAUGUUAUUGAUCUUUUGAUGGAAGAUGUUUCUGGUUGGUGGAAAGGAAGAUUUAAUGGAAAGGAAGGACUUUUUCCAGGAAAUUACGUUCAGAAAAUAUGAUACUAUAUAUAAUCCUUCCCGAUACACACAAACAUGAAGAAUAUUCAGUGUAUUGAGAAAAAGACUUCCCAAAAAGAAAGCUUCCUAACAAUACAGUUUUUAACGAUUAUCAAAUGCAUUGUGUAAUGCUAUUACUGGAGCAUUGGCCAAGGGGUUUACAUUUCUGUUCAAGAACAUUUUAACUUUGCCUUUAUUGAAAGCCAUGUAAAUUAAAAGUUCUGAUGGGUUUCUGUCUCUAUGUACAUUAUCCAUAAACAAUCAUUAUUAUUUUUUUGCGUCAAA